GUGUAUUGCGCGACUCGUUGUAAUCUCUAAAAAAAAUAAAUUUAUAAACGCGUAAAUAAAGUUUAUUAACAGCUGUUGUAUAAUAAAUUAUAAUAAUAAUUAAUAACAACAGUUUUAAAAAUAAAUUAACUAAAAAUCAUCAGUUAAAAUUGUGUUAAUAUAUUUCUGAUAUUAAACCUAACCUCAAAUUGAAUUGGAAAUAUUAAGAUAUCCAAGUGUCAUUCACGUGUUACCCAAGGCAAAAAUAAUUGUUAAAUAGUAUAAUUAAAUUUUCCAUAUACUUAAUAAUAAAUUUAACAAAAAAAAACGAGUGUUUUGUGAGGCUUGUUGGCCAAAAUAAACGUGGGAAUGGUGAUUGUGUUGAAGGCCAUGCCCUACAGAUCAGCUCAUAGUCAUAUUGUACUUUCAAUAAGUGAACAUUUUGCACUCUGGAAACAAAAUAAAGUGAAAUAGUUAUUGUUUAAAACAUUUAAUUAAUAAUAAAUAUACAUAUAUUUUUUUACACAAGAUUUUGUAUAGGAUAAAUUAAACUGGUGCUCUUUUUUUUUUUUUUUUUAAUUUAUUAUUUUGUAUUUAGAGUGUAUAUUUUUGUGAAAAUAUUAAAAAAAAUAUAUACAACAGUAAGCCAAGUAGCUAUUCUAUAAAUAAAAUUAAAUAAAAUUAGAAAAAAAAAUGGAUAAAAGAAGACACCUUGAUUCAACACUACUUCCAGAGUUACAAAAAAAUCCAUCAAAUAUUAGAAACAUAUGUAUCUUGGCACAUGUUGAUCAUGGUAAAACAACACUUGCUGAUUCUCUUGUUGCAAGUAAUGGAAUAAUAUCAGAUAAACUUGCUGGUAAAUUACGUUAUAUGGAUUUUCGUCCAGAUGAACAAGAACGUGGUAUAACAAUGAAAUCAAGUUCAAUAUCAUUACAUCAUAAUUACAAUGAUAAUGAUUAUUUAAUAAAUAUAAUUGAUUCACCUGGACAUGUUGAUUUUGCAAGUGAAGUAUCAACAGCUGUACGUUUAUGUGAUGGUGCAUUAAUUGUUGUUGAUGUUGUUGAAGGUGUAUGUCCACAAACAAGAAGUGCAUUAUCAAUGACAUACAUUGAAGGCUUAAAACCAGUAUUGGUACUUAAUAAAAUUGAUAGACUUAUUAAUGAAUUAAAGCUAACACCACUUGAUGCAUAUGUACAUCUUGUACAAGUAUUAGAACAAGUUAAUGCUGUUAUGGGUGAAUUAUUUACAAGUGAUAUUAUGGAACGUGAAGAUAAGAUUAUAAAUACAAAUGAUAAAAAUAAUGAUGAUAAUUCAAAUGAUAUAUUAAUGGAACGUCCAAUUGCUGAUUGGCAAUCAGCACUUGAAAAUACUGAUGAUUCACAAUUAUAUUUUUCACCAGAACAAGGAAAUGUAUUAUUUGCUAGUUCAGUUGAUAGUUGGGGUUUUGGUAUAUCUGAAUUUGCUAAUAUAUAUUCAAAACAAAUUGGAUGUAGUUAUAAUACAUUAAUGAAAACAUUAUGGGGUGAUUAUUGGCUAAAUGUUAAAGAAAAAAAAAUCAUGAAAAAUGCACAAUUAAAAGCUAAAAAACCAUUAUUUGUAUCAUUAAUAUUAGAAAAUAUAUGGAAACUAAAUGAGAUUAUACUUGGUAGAAAAGAAGAUGAUAUAUUAUUACGUUGUUUAGAUAAAAUGAAUAUUAAAUUAACUAAAAGAGAUUUUAAAUUAACUGAUGUUAAAAUUAAAUUACAAGUUAUAUUUUCACAAUGGUUACCAUUAGCUAAAACAACAUUAAAUAUGAUAUGUCAAACAGUACCAUCACCAAAUAAUUUAACAUCAGAUAAAAUUGAACGUCUUAUGUCUGGUAAUUAUGAAUUUUUAAAUCUUCCAGAUGAAACAAAAAAAUUAAAAAAUGCAUUUUUAUCAUGUAAUUCAAGUGAUGAUUCACCAAUUAUUGCAUUUGUAUCAAAAAUGUUUUCAAUUGAACGUAAAUCAUUACCAGAAUUUAAAGCUAAACCAUUAACACAAGAAGAAUUAACACAAAGACAUGAAUUGGCACGUCAACGUCAUGCUGCUAAAAUGGAAUUAGAAAAACAAAAUAAUGGUAAACAAGUAGAAGAACAAAUACCAAUUAAUACAAUUGCUGAAAUAAAUAAUCAUGUUGAUGUUAAUGAUGAUGAUGAUGAGACUGAUGAUAGUGUAUUAAUUGCAUUUGCAAGAAUUUAUUCUGGUACAAUAAAAGAAGGUUCAGAGGUAUAUAUACUUGGUCCAAAACAUAAACCAAAUGACAUUAUAAAUAAAAUAAAUUCUGGUGAAGAUAUAACACCACCAAGUUCAAUAAAAGAAUUAAAAAAUGGUUGUUAUAUUACAAAAACAACAAUUAAAAAAUUAUAUUUAUUAAUGGGACGUGAUUUAAAGUCAAUUGAUUGUGUACCAGCUGGUAAUGUAUUUGGCAUUGGUGGUCUAGAAGAUAACAUAUUAAAAACAGGUACAAUAUCAACAGACAUAUAUUGUCCAUCAUUUAGUGAAUUAACAUCAUUAACAGUACCAAUAUUACGUGUUGCAUUAGAACCAGUUAAUUCUUGUGAUUUACAAAAAUUAAUAAAUGGAUUAAAAUUAUUAAAUCAAGCUGAUUCAUGUGCUCUAAUGCAUAUACAAGAAACUGGUGAAAUUGUAUUAAAUACUGCUGGUGAAGUACAUCUUCAACGUUGCCUAGAAGAUCUUAAAUUACAUUAUGCUAAAAUUGAUAUUAUUGUUUCUGAACCAAUUGUACCAUUUCGUGAGACAAUUGUUACACCACCAAAAACUGAUAUGGUUAAUGAAUUAAUAACAGUUAAUGAUAAUAAAAAAAAUGAUAAUUGUAAAUUAGAAUUUUGGACAUCAAAUCGUCAAUGUUAUUUUGUCAUUGAUGCUAAACCAUUGCCUGAUAGUGUUAUUAAAUUAAUUGAAAAAAAUUGUGAUUUAAUAAAAGAACUUGAUCUUUAUUGGGAAAAAUUUGGUAAAAAUGAUAAUUUUAAUUUGACUGAUUUGGAUAAAUUAUCAUUGAAUGAUCAAUGUAUGAGUGAAAAAAAACAAAAAGCUGUUGAUUUAUUUAAAGCUGAAUUAUCAAGUGCAUUUAUUGAAGCUGGAUGGGGUGAUGUUAUUGAUAAAAUUUGGUCAUUUGGUCCAAGAAAAUGUGGACCAAAUAUACUUCUUAAUGAAAGUGAUUAUGUAAGAAAGCCAUUUUGGGAAUUUAAUUCAAAUCGUUCGACUGAUAUAAGAGCUUCUUAUGAUAUCAGUAUCAUAAAUGGCUUUCAAGUAGCUACUGUUGCUGGUCCAUUGUGCGAAGAACCAAUGACUGGUGUAUGCUUUGUUGUCAAUAAAUUGGAAAUUCAUGAACGAGAUUCACAAAGUGAGAGCGGAACCAGUCAAGAACAUCUAGGUGGACAGUUAAUUUCAACAUUCAAAGAUGCUUGCAGACGUGCAUUUAAAUUACGUAGACCUCGUCUUGUAACUCCCAUGUAUUCAUGCAGUGUUUUGGUCAAAUCUGAUGUUCUUGGAAAAUUAUAUGCUUUUUUCGGAAGAAGACAGGGGCGUGUCAUUGCAGCGGAUAGUGCCUUUGGAUUUGGAGGAUAUUUUAGGGUACUUGCCAUACUUCCGGUACCUGAAAGCUUUCAGCUUGCUCGUGAUUUACGUACAGAAACAUCCGGAUUAGCAAGUCCACAACUUGUAUUCAGCCAUUGGGAGGUGAUUGAAGAAGAUCCAUUUUGGGUACCAUCAACUGAAGAAGAAUAUCUACAUUUUGGUGAAAAAGCUGAUAGUGCCAGUCGUGUUAAAGCCUACAUUGAUGCUGUUAGAAAACGCAAAGGUUUACCAAUUGAUUCACAAGUUGUUAUGCAUGCAGAAAAACAGAGAACACUUUCUAAAAAUAAAUAAAUAAUUAGCAUAAUUAUUAUUAAAUAUUAAUAACAGUAAAUUGUUUAACAUAAUAAAUUUUAUUGUUUAUUAAU